GUGUUGUCAUUUUUGACAAAAGAAAAACAAAAACACGCGAAAUUUUCCUAAAAAGGUUUUUUCUUUAUUUAUUUUCUACCAAAAAGACGAGGAAAUAAAAUCUUCUCUUUAGUCCAGGAAGUUUAGUGAUGAUCUAGCCCAAGAAUUGAGAAGAGAGUUCCAGAAAAUAGUGAAUAAUGGCUAAGAAAAGUGAAUUUCCCGCGGACUUGUUGCCUAGCUGUUGGAGUGAUGACACCCGGAUGGGCGUGUUGUUUGCCCCAUUCCGGGAGAGAUCAGUGAAUCCUGAGAAUUUCGAUGGGAAGAUGAAGUUCUGGAAGGAGAUGAUCAGCAAGUACUGCCAUUGGAGAGGCACAGCAAAGGUCACAAUAAUGGACGUUGAGGAAUCUCUAACGAGGAAUGGAAAGAAAUCUUAUUGCCUUGACAAAGUUUUUGAAGAUAUGCAGAAAGAAAGAAGCCUGAGAGUUGAGCAGGAUUUCAUGGAGCCUCCUCAACAUACCUGGCUGGGAUGGACGACAAAUCUAUUAGUCAAGACGCCAGUGAAGAAGGGCCUUUCAGCUGCCAAAAAUGCUCUCUUCCCUACAAAUUACAAGGAAGUUGCCUUUGUUGUGCUGGAAGUUGUUGAGAAUCACGCAUCAAUGUUGCAGAACCUGAUGGAAGGAAGAAUUCUCUCACAGAAAGAUGUUGUGAAGGAAGCUGAAGAAAAGUUCAAACUCACCCCUGAGGGCAUUUCUCUGGCCAUUCAUGCUUUGCACUGCCAGCAAAAGGUUGCAAUUCGUCGUAGCAGCGUGGAAAGUGUGGAAAAUCCCUCUCAGGGCAUUCUAUUGAAAUUUGUCUACAAAGAUGAGAAGAAAAUCCUUGAAAUUUCCGAUUUGGAAUACUCCAUUUACGAACUUGAAUCCCGGGAAAAGGAACUAACUGCAAUUAUGGAUGAACUGGAGAAGGACGUAAAGGAGGAAGAUGAGAAAGCGCGGGAAAAUGCGAGGAAAGGAAAUAGAAGCCUGGCAAAGCUCUAUCUUCGAAAGAGGAAAAUUUUAACGAAUAAAUUAGACAAGCACACAAACACCCUCGUCAACAUCCAGGAGCUCCUGUCGAAGAUUCACGAUGUUUCGCAUAAUCAGAAGAUUAUGCAAACCUACAAACUCGGUGGGAAGGCCUUUAGGGAUGCUCUAGAAAAGUCCGGGGUUACAUUGGAGAUGGUUCAGGAGACAGUUGAUGAAAUCAGGGACGCCAUUGAGCUCAGUGAUGACAUUGAGAGAGUCCUCGGUGAGGAUCUCUCCGGAGAUUCAUCAGACAAUACGCUGCUUGAGGAGGAGCUCGAUCUCCUUCUCAAAGAAGACAAAAAUGAGGAAGUUCCUGCUGCUUCAGGGGGUGCCUAUGACGACCUCUUCUUGCGUCUGGAAGCUCUGAAAAUCCCAGAUGAUACCCCAUCGUACUACAGUCGGAAACAAACGGAAACGAGUCAAUAAUCGAGGAGAAAUUAAUUACCAAAUUGUGCCCCAAAUAAAGGUAAAAUAAAUUUAUUUUUCAUCAAAAAA